GAGGGGGAAGUGAGGGGUUAAGUCCUGCCUGAGGAAACCUGAUGCUGAUGGAGAGAGAGAGAGAGAGAGAAAGAGAGAGAGAGAGAGAGGGAGUUUGGGGUUUGGGGCAGAGGGACAGACAGAGAGACACGGCGCCUCUGGAGAGAUGCUGAGUGCACGCUGACAUUACCAACACAGAGCUGAAGAUCAGACAGCAGGUAGAUGAAUGAAUUCAAGAUGACGCCAGUGAGAAUCAUGCUGUUCCUGUGGUGUCUCCUCGGGAUGUGUGUGUCAGCAGGGAGUGUGUCAGAGCCGUGUAAAGGUUCUCGCUGCUUGGAGUUGGGGGAGUCUAGACCAUGUUCAGGGUCACACUGUGGCUCGGGCAGAUCAUCCAGACCAACACGUCAACACAACCCAAUAACACACAGCAGAUCUGCACCAACCCACCAACAUGGAGUCUCACACCUUUCUUCACCCGACAUGCUGGAGUCACACACAGCUUCUCAUUCUCACACUCACACAAGGGAAAGGAUGCGGAUUGCCGAGGUUGCAGGUCACACGUGCACUGGAGCAGAUUGCAUUACCAAAAGACCACCGCAGGCCAUUAACGAUACACGAGAGUGCAGGGGACUGGAGUGUAGACUGCCUUUAAGAAUCAGGACCAAGCCCAGAGUGAGGCCGUGCCCUCCAGAAGGCUGUGGACCUGGCUCAGACGACGCUCCCGUGCACGUUCCGGACAGAGCUGCUCAGUUUCUGGGGGAAUUUCCGGAUAUCGGAUAUCCUUCAUCGGAACUUGGAGGCGCACCGCUGGGAGUGCAGCUUACAUGUGACAUCAAACCAGGAGAGAAUGAGGUUCCAUCGGAGGAUGCCCUUGUCCUGCACCUGCAGCUCUCCAAAGGCCAGGAGAAGCUGGUGGAGGCUCUGCGGGCUCAGCAGUUAGUGAUCCGUGACCUACAGCAGCGUCUGGAGGAGCAGCAGGGAGCACUCCUGGCCCAGCAGCGUGAGAUCCUGGAGCAGCAGCGGCGCAUGUACGAGCAGAUGGACGUGGUGAAGGCGCAGUACGGCAUGCUGUCCGAGACCGUCAAGCAGGUGUCCUUCCAGGGCCUGCAGGGGGAGCUGCAGAGUUAUUUGGAAAGCCAGUUGGCAGGCGUGCAGAGCCAAGCUCGCAGCCACCUGCAGAAGUCGUAUGCCAUUCAUAAAACGGAUGCCAAGAUGAUGGACGUGACUGGGCACACAGAUCACGCUCAGCUCGGCUGUCGCAGCGCAUGUGGCCCUGAAGAGUACUGCAAUUUUCAAAUGCAGCCACCGCAGUGCCAACAGUGCACCAUGUGUCCACCUGGGUUCUUCCUGGUGUCCCAGUGUUCACCCAAUGCUGACAGGAUUUGCCAGGACAGAGAUGAAUGCCUAGAAAUCCCAACCGUGUGUGGAGAGAGAGUGAAAUGCCUCAAUACACCAGGUGGCUUUCGGUGCUUGGGGGUGUCUGAAAGAGAGAUCUCUUCAGGCCUGUGUGGUCACGAGUACUUCUACAAUCAGGAGCUACAGGAGUGCCAAGCGUGUUCAGACUGCGAUGGGGAGCCCAUAGCUGUUCCGUGUAGCACUGUGAGCGACGCUGUGUGUGGAGUGAUCUCGGAAAACACGUUCUCUCAGUCCUGGUCUGCCUCUGUCACUUUACCCCCGGCUCGAACAAAAAGCAGCGCGGUGUUCCCAGGUCUGCAGCUGAGCGUAAUGGGAAAGGACGGAAGCGACCUUCUGGUCAGCCAUGACGGUUCCAUCAGCCUCCAUCAGCAUGGUCUGCUCUGGCUGGAUCACAACUUUGCCUUGAAGCACAGCUGCCGCAACUUCCUGCAGGUUGGUGUGAGGCUUAGUGGUGGCAGUGAGGAGGAAGGUCGUGACCUCAGUGGUGUACGGGUGGAGCAGCCAGAGAGGAAGCACUUCCAGGGUGUGAGUGUGAGUGCAGCGGCUGAGGUGGAGCCCAACCAGACUCUGUGGCUUCUGCUCAAGAGCCCAAACCAGCACUGUAAUCAGAGCAAAGAGAUGCAGCUUUACGAACUCGGAUCUUCCGCGUUCAGCCUGCUGUGGCUGUCACAUGACACCGGAGCUGUUGCAAUGACUGCUCAGACGUCCACGGCACCUCACUACCAUGGUAACUAUCGGCCAUCCUUCCGUGUUGCUACCGUCUCUGACCCAUACGUAGUGGCAUUGACUCAUGACAACCGUGGAAUUCGUUUCACCGAGCGAGGCAUUGUCAAGUUUGUCCUGCAGCAGGCACUCUAUGCCAUGGGCCACACGUGUGUCCGUGAAGGCUUCUCACUAGUUGCCUACAUUAAUGCAAACGGGACCAACCAGGAAGUAAUGCGCUCAUUUAAAACCGGUGUCAACUAUCGGGACACCUCCAUCACCUUGUCUGCUACUACCAUCGUGGACUCGGGUGAUUGGUUAAACUUUGAGAUCUUCACUCCCUCACAGUGCAAUGUCCGGUACUUUGGAGACAGCUCUGGAAUUAGCAUGCUAAGUCUGCUCUGGAUUCCAGCAGCCAUUUCCUCAUCUCUAAUGGCCACCGUGUCCAGGACAGGCCUUCCAUCUGGAGCUGUGAGGAACAAACCGUUGUUGUUUCAGCAGGUUGGUCCGGAUGCCGAACACAUCCGGCUUGCUGGCGCAGGACACCAACACCCACAGAGGAAUUUUGUUUUCCAAGAAGCCGGGACAGCCAACGUGGCACUCACUGUGAAGCUCAUCCACUCGUGCAAUGUGGUGAAGCUGGUGCUACACCAGCAGGGCCAGGACAAGAAGAAUUCGGCUCUUCUGGCGCAGCAGGUCGGGGGUCAGAUGCCCGAAGGUAGCGAAUGGACUAGUGUUGGUGUCAGAGCAUCUUUCGAGGUCCAGAACGGCACAGCCAUUUACAUCACGCUGGACUGCGUACGUGGACGCAUCAAUCAAAUCACACACGACGAAGGUGCCAACAUUUCCAUCCUCUGGGUGGCUGCGUGACACCAGGAUUUCACCGCUUCUCAUUCUUGCUCUUGUCAGGAACAGGUGCUUUCAGAAAAUCAUGGCCAUUGUUGGCGUAUGCACAGAAAAACGAGGUACACUAUAGAAUGAAUUCCUUAUCUGUGGUCGCAAGUUAGCACCAUUUUUAAUGAAAAAGAAAUAUAAAUAAAUAAAUAAGAAUAGAAUAGAAAAAGAAAAAGAAAAUGGUGCUUUGGUUUGGUGCUUGUGGUCUGGACAAAACUAAGCAAAUUGUUGGCAGGGCUAAUAUUCAAUAAUUUUGAAAUAUUAUAUCUAUAAUGCAAAGGUGCUAUUUAAAUCAAGUUAUAUCCUCUGUUUAUUUGUUGUUUUAUGUUUCUUGCAAUGUUGUUUGUUUAUCGAGUUUAUAGUGUCUGUGUUUAUUUUGCUUAAGUUGCAAAUUCUAAUCAAUUUCUGAACAAGUACUGAUUGUUUUCCAAGUACUUCGGCUGGUUGAGCAGUGACCAAUCUUUAUUGAGGGAGUGAACCUUUUGAUUCUGCUUAAUGUUGAGAUGAUUGUGUGUGUGUGUGUGUGUGUGUGUAGAGGGGUAUGAUGUUGGCAUGCAUAUAUAAAAUGCUAUUCCACAUUCUGAUACCUUAAACAUUGUACAGUCAUGGGAGAAUUGUUAAAGCGCAUUGAUAUUCAAAGGAUAUGUUUAUUUUAAAAUCUUUUUAUCUUAAUUAUGCACAUAUAUCUUUUUCAUUUUACAUUUUCACUUUACGAUAAAGUUUUUAAUUGAAAUUUAUAUUGGAAUCCCUGUAAAGUAAAUAUACACAAAUAUUUAUAUAAUCAAAUACAAAGAAUAUAUUUAUAUAGGAUAUGAUGCAUACAUAACUCUUUGUUGUAUCUUCCUACAGUAAUUUAUAUGGAAAUAACGUAAAGGAGAAAAAAAGCAGUACAUAGAGUUGAGUGCAAAAGUUUGCACCCCCCCCAACCCCCAAGGUUUCUGAGUGGAAAAACAAUUAAAAUAUUGUUUAUCUUGAUCUUGACCGACCAUAGCAAUGUCAACGAAACGGCCACUGGCAAUUAGUAGAGAAAGCAAGUGCGUCAAGCUUCAAUGGCAAAUCAAUCAAACAAACACACAAACAAAUUUCCAUGAAGUACAUGAAAAAAUAUAUACAUCUCCUGUGGUUUCUGAAUGAAGUAAAUGAAAACAUAUGUGUUUUUCACUUCAUCUCCCAAUGAAUUAGUGAAUCAAUGAAUCAAUCAGUCAAUCAAAUAAAUACUGUAAAUCAAUUCCACGAGGUUAAAAAUAUGUGGGUGUAUUCUUCAGCAAAACAAUAAAUUAAAGCCAAAUGCAAAAUUAGCAGAAUAACAGAAAAAAGAAAUAAGUGAAAAUAUUAAAACAGAGACGCUCCAAACAUUGCUGAAAAGAAUCAAAAGAAGAAGAAGAGGCAGCUGUAGAGGAAAAGUGAGGGCUUACAAGUGUGUACUGCGAAUUGACCAGUUUUAAACUGAUACAAUUUUUUUUCAUUAUUAAUAUCUGUUAACAUACACUAUUUAAACUUCAUUUGUUUCUUGCAACAUUGAAGAUCUGUAAAACAGAACACACUAAAUGUAUAUAAAUUGCAUUAAUUAGGAUUACUGCUUUUGGCUUAAGGGUGUACAAACUUUUGCAACUGGUCUCUGGUUAAUUCACUUUAAAUCAUUGUUGUGUGUUAAACAAUUUAUGUGUGUGUACCACUCUUAUAGUAAUUACAGAUAACAUUAAGUUUUAAUAUUAUGAUAAUUUCCUGACGUUUUAUCACAGUUGAUAUCACAUGGAUUAUGGAAUUAUCACAAUAUUGUUUUAAAUUCUUACAUGUUUAUAUGUAGUAACUGUAGCUGGAGUGAAAUGUCUGUCCAUCAUGUUUUUUCAAACUUUUUUCAAAAUUUUUCUCAUUCUCUGAAAAUAAUCAAUGGGAUUGCCUUCUCCGAGGACACACAUGAUGCUACGAAAUAAAGAACAUUAAAAGAUUUUACACUGCCAUCCUAACAGAACAAACCCAGAAAUGCUGCCUCCUUCUGACUGAGACACAGGAGGCAUGAGAGUAUUUUUAAGCGUCUAUGAUAACAGUAUUGUGCAUGUUGAAUAUCUCAAUCUAUCGUGUAACCAAUUUUCAGCCCAUGCUUAAAAAAAUUGCAAUCAUUCAGAUGCUUGUGCUUGGAACUGUGCAGUGACUGCUAAUUUAUUUAUUCUGCAAAAAAAAGAAAAAAAAAAUCUGUGGAAUGAAAUGUGGUAUUUUCUGGUAUCUAUUUUGACAGAACUUUUAAACCGUUUUAGCAGAAAAGUUGUCAGAUUUUUUUUUUCCAACUGGGAUCUCGUGUCUUGUAAAAACCAUGAGAGAUGUUCAAGUGGAUUUGAUUUAAAUUAGAUUUAAAUUGCACAUGAUAUGCACCAUCUCACCCUCUAAUGGUUUACAGUUUCAGCCGCAUUCUUGACCCGUUGCUCAGAAAGCAAAGGACAUACUGUUGGAUUUUCUUUGCACAGAGUCCAAUAAAAGCAUUUGAUAGA